GUGGAUCAAUGUGUUGAAUGUUGAGGAGGAGUGUUAAUCAAGGCCAUGCAAAGCAGACAUGAAGGAAUCUGUGUCCCAUGGGGAAAUAAAUAAAAGGAAGUUGGCAGAAUGCAAUAUGGGUUGAGGAAGCUACAAAUUCAUUUUGCACGGAAGGAUACCUUGGGCAUGUGCACCACUUGUUAACAGAUUGAGAGGCUGUGAAGGGAAAGCGUCUGACCUGUUACCUUUCACUGCUAGUCAAAAUAUACACUAUGUCCCAGGUCAUCAUAUGUUUGCUGGUCAUUUACUGAACACACCCUGAUGGGACAAACCAAGACCUGCUGUUGAAAUGAGUGCUCCAGCUGCACUUGCAUGCCUUCAGAGGGAAGUGGGCAGUUUGCAAUAGUCAAGCGCUGCAUAGAGAAGAGCACAGGCACUGAAUAUGCAGCCAAGUUCAUCAAGAAGCGCCAGAGUCGGGCCAGCAGACGAGGUGUAAGACGAGAGGAGAUCGAGAGGGAAGUGGGCAUCCUGCAGGAGCUCCAGCACGCCAACAUCGUAGCACUGCACGAUGUGUACGAGAACCGCACAGACGUGGUGCUUAUUCUGGAACUGGUCUCUGGAGGAGAGCUUUUUGAUUUUUUGGCCCGGAAGGAGUCUCUCAGUGAAGAGGAGGCCACUCAGUUUAUCAAACAAGUCCUAGAUGGAGUCCAGUACCUCCACUCCAAGAGGAUCGCACAUUUCGACCUAAAGCCUGAAAAUAUAAUGCUGCUGGACAGGAACGUUCCUCUACCCCACAUCAAAAUCAUAGACUUUGGACUGGCACACAAAAUAGAAGCCGGGGCAGAUUUCAAAAACAUUUUUGGCACUCCUGAAUUUGUUGCUCCAGAGAUAGUCAACUAUGAGCCACUGGGAUUGGAGGCAGACAUGUGGAGCAUUGGAGUCAUCACAUAUAUACUUUUGAGUGGCGCGUCACCUUUCCUCGGUGACACGAAGCAGGAAACACUGGGAAACGUCUCUGCAAUGAACUACGAGUUCGACGAAGAGUUCUUCAGCAGUACGAGCGAGCUGGCCAAGAGCUUCAUCAGACAGCUCCUGGAGAAGGAUACGAGAAAACGGAUGACCAUACAAGACGCCCUCAGCCAUCCAUGGAUUAAGUCCUGUGGCCACGUAGAAGUGGACAGCGCCGCCCAUGAGGCCGAGAAGAAAGCGGAGCAGCUGAAGACGAAGCGUCUGAAGGAGUACACCAUCCAGUUGCACUCGAGCGUGCCCCAGAACAACACAUAUGCCAACUUUGAGCGUUUUGCCAAUGCGGUGGAAGACAUUAGCAUGAUGGAGACGGGGCUCUCAGAGGUUGCAGGAGCCCACCACACUCUCCAGCGUGACAUAGAAGCACUGCUCUCCAUCUACAACGACAAGGAGGCCUGGUACAAGGAGGAGAGCGAGACUGCAAGGAAGCAGCUCUCCCAGGUACACUACGAGUUUCGUAAAGUGGAGGCCAACAGGAGGCUGCUGCAGGAGGACAUGAAGGCUGUAGAUGCCAGUCUGGAGAGUAUCAGCGGGAAGCAAAACCAGAGGCAGAGCCAGCUGGACACUCUGAGGCAGGAGCUGAACUCUGAAAUGCAGUGGCUGCAGGAAGUGAUGAGCUCUCUGCAUCCAGAAGGAGCCAACUGCAGCAUCCAUAGCAGUAGUCUGAACAUGGACGUGAAGCAGGCACUGAAGGAGCUGCUGCAUCAGUCCUGCAGAGGGGAACUGUGCCCCCAGGGCAAACAGCCGCUCACAGAGUCUGGCUAACAUGCACAGAUGAAUACACACUUUUAUUGAACUUGAAGAACAGUUUGAAUCCAAUUUUUUAAGCGACACAAACUUUUGAAUGUAUAGCUGUGUAGUCUUUACAUUUACUUUAUUUCUAGAUCUUUUUCUGGUGUAAACAAGAAAAAAAAUAAAUAUGGAUGAGAGGACGAUACCUCUCUUAUGUCUGUUGAGGAAAUACAAAGCUACAGGCAGGUGAGGGUUAGCUUAGUUUAGCACAAAGAGUAGAAACAGGGUUAAACAGCUAGCCUGGCUCUUUCUCAUUUAAAAAAAAAUCUGCCUACCACCAACUCUAAAAUUCACUGAUUAACACAUCACAUCUUGUUUGUCUACACAUUACCAAAAACAAAGUUGUGGUUUUACGGGGCUUUAUGUUGCAGGACUUUUCUUGGCCAGGUGCAGUGACAGAUGGCAUCAGAGGUAAUUGUUGGUCCAGCACAUAACCCCCUGUAAAAUUUAAGCUUGUCGUCUUUACACUUUGUUUUUUCUUUGGAUUAAACAAAUGAUAUAUGACAUGUACCCGUUGGUGCCUCUGGACAGUCAGGCUAGUUGUUAGCUUAGGUUCCAGUCCUAAGUUAAGGUAACGGCCGUCUGGCCGUAGCCUCAUAUUUAACGGACAGAUAUGAGAAGUGUUGAUCUCAACUGUCGGCAAGAGAGCAAAUAAGCGCAUUUCACAAAAUGUCCAACAAAUUCCUAGGAAGUGGCAUACUGACAUUGUGUCGCUAUAUUAGGAAUUAUUCUUAACUUGAAGCGACAUUAACAGAUGAGUAAACUUAUGCACUGCUCUUUUUGAUUAAAUGGGUUUGGUGGCUUUUUAUUUUGUGAUAAUGAAGAUAAUUAUUGGUUAUAACAACAAUUCUUUUUGAUGGAAUGUACCAGAAGUUCACAUUUUCUGAUUGAUUUAUUUUUUCAUUCCAGGCUAUUUUUUUGACUCUUGAUGUUUUUUUUUUUAAACAAUUCCUAUCCAUUUGUAACUUUUGUAGUCAUAAAUGAUUUUUUUUCCCUUUUUAAUAGAUUUAAAUGUGCACUUUUAAUGAAGGUUGAAUUUAUUUAUUUGUUUUAAAAACCUUUUUUAUUCCUUACUUGGAGACGUUCUGUGAGCCAACAAGAAAAACAACAUCUAUGCUAAGAUCUUGUGUGUUGUCUUUAUCCCUGCUUUUUACCAUCUCAACAGAUAUAAAUGCCUCACACUUCGCCUCGCCUAUGUGCACACUGACAUUUUUAACUGUCUUCAAACCACUCAAAUAAAUGCUCACUGUUUAUUAUACAUCACAUUUCCAAACUGCUGUGAUUUAUCUUUGUUUUCAGUUUAUUUCCUGUUGUAUUUGGGAUUCUGCUGUGAAAACCAGGCAGAUUAGCAUUCUGUUUAUGAACUUGAUUAAACAUUUUAGAUUAACAUGGAAGAUGCUUUCUCUGCCAUUUCAUCCCUCAAUGUGUCU